GAUACGCCACAUUGUAAAGACAAACUCAAUUCCCCGAAUUCAACAAUGAGGUUGUCGCAUUUUCUCGUUGUAAUUGCGCUUGUUGCCGAUACAUCACUUGCUCAAGUGUUUGGAAAAGGCAAAUGUCCCACAGUGACGGUACAAAAAUCGUUUGAUCUCCAAAAGUAUCUCGGUGACUGGUAUGAAAUAUUCAGGUUUUACGCUGGGUUUGAGGACAAUACGAAAUGCACUGUGGCCAACUAUCAGCUGAAAGAUAACGGGCACAUCCGAGUCGAUAACAAAGGCAUUUCUUUAAAAGACGAAAGUAAGGUCAUUGAAGCGGUAGGUGACGGCUACAGUCCUGAUGAGGCAGAACCCGCAAAACUUCAAGUCAAAUUUGCAGAAGGUAUUCCGUACGGGGAUUACUGGAUAUUGGACACUGACUACACCAACUAUACACUAAUCUACUCGUGUAAGGACGUUCUUGGUCUGACACACGUGGAAUUCUGUUGGAUUCUGUCAAGAGAACGAACGCUAGCUUCGGAAACCAAGGACAGACUUUACCAAAAACUCUCCGAUUUUGGGGUUAAAACUGAAAACUUUUUGACAACAGACCAAAAGGACUGUAAAUAAAGCAUUUUAUGGAAGCUUGCACUUAAUUACUGAAGAAAGGAAUAAAAAAUUGAGAAUU